AUGAGCGUCCAGACAACUUCAACCGACCACAGUGGUCAGUCCACACACCGCGACGCACACAGCAGCCCCACCGACUCCAUCAACAUCCACUGGCAAUCGAGUACCGAGCAGUGGAAGAGCACCGUCUCGUUCGACCCCUGGCAACCAAACCCUUUCGAUCCAGUCGUCGACCAACGGGCUUCCAACGCUCUUAGCUUCGGUGCUCCUCACCCUAGCCUCAAAGGUACCUCGAUCUCGUUCUCGGCCAAGGCGACAGAGGUCGAUCGCUAUUCCCUCUCCCGCGGCCCCCGCGCUGCCAUGCUGGAGCAAGAGCGCAGCAUUCGCGCAGCCCUCUGCGGCCUUCCCUACCCUUCUCAUGAUGCGAACCGCGCAUACCCCUUCAAGCCUGCGCACGGCGCGCAAGGAGACCGUGAGCACCCUAUGCCCAUUGGCCACGGUUCCAUCUGGGCUCCGAAGGAGGAAGACGGAGUGAACAUUCGCUCCCGCUCCCCGUUCUUAACUCAAGCCGAGCUGUCUCACUUGCCACCCAAGCCCUGCGACCCUCCUCCCUCGUAUGUCGACAAGGCUCAGGCACAGGAAUGGCCAGCUCUCGGCGAGACCAAGUCCAUGCCUCUCUCCAAGUGGCCCGCCACCAGCUGUGACACCUCGGCGCCAUCCAAGACUGCCACUCGGUACAGCGACGUUGCCACCGAUGCACCACCCACUGAGAACAAGUCGCACGACACUAUCCGCGUCAACAAGUGGGGCAAUCUGGGCAAAGCGGCUGACACUGGCAAGUCCAAGGUCGUCGCCCCCAAGCCCGUCCGCGAUGCUUCUGGCUCGCGCCGGACCUCAACUGUCUCCAAGAGCUCCUCCACCCUCGAGCCGCCUUCUGCCUCGGGCGACCGCAAGCUGAGCAUUGCCUCCACGGCCAGCACUUCAUCCAGCGACAAGUGCUCCAAAGCCCGAAGCGGCCAGCGACAGCCGUCGGACAGCAGCAACCCCGACGCCUGCGACCCCCCUUCCACAUCACACGAGCCUCGCCCGGCGCCGGACGCUUUCGACGCCUUCCACCUCGUUGCCACUGGCGAUGCCGGGGCGCUGUCGCGGUCCAAGACCGACCACAUCCUCAAGUCUGCACGCAUCCACGCCGACCUCAACCUUGCUUAUGCCACCAUGCUCGGUAACCACCUGACCCUCCGAAAAAUGGCUCAAGAGCGACUCGACAAGAACGAGUCUUGUGAAGACCUUGAGUUCCUCCUCCAGGCCGGAGCCGACCAGCUCGACUCGCUCCAGGCAAACCUUGAACUUGUGAACCGCAUUCGUGACGGCGAGGUUCAGGCCGCCCUGGGCCAGUUUGAGUAG